AUGCAGCGCUUCCCUCGGUGCGCCGCCUCGCUGCGCCUGCGCCCGCUGCGGCCCGCGCGCCUCGAGGCGGCGCCGCGCCGCCUUCGCGCACUGCACAGCUCGGCGCAGCGGCACGCUGCAGCAGCCGCGAGCAGCGCGGCACCGGCGCCGCUCUAUCCGCUCGUCGAGGGCCGCACGCUGGCCGCGGCGCCUGCGGCCGGCGCGCUGCCCGAGGCAGAGGUGGACCACGUCGUCAUCGGCGCCGGCGUCGUGGGCCUGGCCGUCGCGCGCGAGCUGGCACGCCGCUGGCCCGAGCGCAGCACGUACCUCGUCGAGCGCCAUGCGCGCCCGGGCGAGGAGACGAGCAGCCGCAACUCCGAGGUCAUCCAUGCCGGGCUGUACUACCCCGUCGACUCGCUCAAGACGCGCAUGUGCGUGCGCGGCCGCGACCUGAUGUACGAGUACUGUGCGGCAAAGAACGUCGCACACAAGCAGGUGACGAAGCUCGUCGUCGGGCCGGCGAGUGCGCAGGGGUACCUGCAGAAGAUGGUCGCGCACGUCGAUGCGCUGCCCGCGGCGCACCGCCCGCAGAUCCGGCUCGUCUCCGGCGCCGAGGCGCGGGAGAUGGAGCCGGACCUGAGCCCUGAUGUCGGCUGUGCAGUGCACAGUCUCAGCACGGGCAUCGUCUCGUCGCACGAGCUCAUGGCCAGCUUCGAGCGCGACAUUCUCGAGGCCGAGUGUGCCGAGAUCGUGUACGGCACGCGCGUGCUGCGCAUCGACCCUGUCGUGCCCGCAGCUGGCGGCUCGAGCAAGCGCGGCGCCAGCGCAGACGAGAGCGGCUGGAUCGUGCAGACGCAGACGGGCGACAGCGAGCAUGUCGACAUGCUCAAGGCGCGCGUCGUCAUCAACGCCGCGGGCCUCAAUGCGCCGUCGCUGCUCAACGGCCUCUUGCGCGACGGCCACUUUGGCAGUGCGCCAGCCGACUGGGCGGCUGCGGGAAGCGGCGAGGGCGCAGAUGAGCAACGGCCACUGGCGGCGUACUACAUGAAAGGCAACUACGCCACAUACAAGGGCGAGGGCGCACGCAACGUCUCGCGCCUCAUCUAUCCCGUGCCGUCGGGCAUGGCCGGCAGCAACGACGCACACAAGCACACGUCGCUCGGCACGCACCUCACGCUCGACCUCGACGGCAACGUGCGCUUCGGGCCCGAUGCCGAGUGGCUCUUUCCCGACGCCUCUGCGUCGGCCGACUUCUGGAGCCGCUCCCUGCCGGCGCUCACGCCCGUGCCCUUCUCGCACGAGCAGGGUGCCCAGGAGGCACGUCUGGACCAGAUGCUCGAGGCGAUCCGCUCCUACCUGCCCGGCGUGCAGCGCGAGGGCCUGGCGCCCGACUACGCCGGCAUCCGGCCCAAGCUCGUGCCGCCCGGCGCGGCGUUCCGCGACUUUGGCGUGCUGCUGCACGACAGUGCACGGCUAGAGCAGCAGCGCAUCUGGCAAGAGGCGCUGGCCGAUGCGGCGCCCGGCACCGUGUCGGGCGCCAUGAUUACGCUGGCAGGCAUCGAGAGCCCGGGCCUGACGAGCAGCCUGGCCAUCGGCGAGCUGGUCGCCGACCUCGUGGCGCGCCGCGUCUGGGCCGACGCUCGCCGCACGCGCGUCCUUAAGCGGCAGAAUGUAGACCACGCCGCGGGCCUCGACGGCUGGGCUUGA